AUGUCCGAAACAAUUGAAGGAAACGUCAAGGUUGACAGAUUAGCACCAGGUGAUGGAAAGACCUUCCCAAAGAAUGGUGAUUUAGUUACCAUCCAUUACACUGGUACUUUGGAGAACGGCCAAAAGUUUGACUCUUCGGUUGACAGAGGUUCCCCAUUCCAAUGCAACAUUGGUGUUGGACAAGUCAUCAAGGGAUGGGAUGCCGCUAUUCCAAAAUUGUCUGUGGGUGAAAAGGCCAGAUUGACCAUUCCAGGCCCAUACGCUUACGGCCCCCGUGGGUUCCCAGGUUUGAUCCCUCCAAAUGCCACUUUAGUUUUUGACGUUGAGUUGUUGAAGAUCAACUAA